ACGACGCUUGGGGCGGUGGGGCGGUGGGGCGGUGAAGUUGCCUGUAGCGCGCUGUCCAGCUUGGAUUGUUGGUCAAUCGCUAAGAAGGCUUACAACAGCCUAACCGUAGCUUUAAAUCAGUGCGCCACAAGCGGCCAACGGCAACGGACUUGAAAAUUUAAAAGUGAAACGAGCGUGAAUUUUUGAAAGGUGGCCACUGAAUUUCAAUAACCUCUGAUAUUUAAUUCAAUUGUGAAAAAGGAAUUACUGGAUUUUUUUUUUCGCCAACAAAGCCAACAAAGUUAUUCAAUACAUACACUGCCCAUAAAUAGCGAAAUUGAAAUCAAAAAAAAAUUAUAUAUACAGCAAAGCACACAAAAAUGAUGCUGAAAUUCAUUCUGUUGGCGUAUAUGGUGCAAUCGGCAAUCGCCGCACCGCAG